AUGCUUUUUUUGAUGACGUUUUGUCUGUGUUGCACAGCAGAUUUACUAGAUCCAAGACUUUUCAGUCAAACACUAACCAAACUAGCCACAGAUGGACUUGGCGUCUCUCAUUUGCAGGUAAGAUCAAGAUUCAUAGUUUGGAUAAACGUGAAGUCCUUCCAAUUCCUGUGUGUAUCAGAAAUAUUGGUGUAGUAUUUUGCACAAGAAAAGAUCGUGUAAAUGUUUGCGUCCUGCAAUGCUUUAUUGCUCACCAACAAAAUUUCGUGUCAUUUCUGCUGCUAAAUAAUUUAACUAUUUAUUUUAAGAAGUGUUGAUACAAAUAGAUCAUAGUUUUCAUACAGUUUCAUGCUUCCCGAUCCAGCUGCAAUGAGCUACACAUAAUUUUUAGAGGUGCAACUAGAGAGGAGUACGUAUACAAAAACCUACGACCGGUCACGUUUGCCACAUAUUUCCUUCGCUCCACUCAAUAAACACUGUGCAAUCAUAAAGGUAUCAAAUAUUGACAGGGAAGCUGUGGCGUCGAUUUCUUGACAGAACUCUGUUCAGUAAACAUGCAGUGUAACACAAGGAUUACAUGGUUAUUUAAAAUAACACUAACAAGAAACAGUUACUGAGUUAUCAGUAAUCUGAGCCCAAUUUUUACAUUUGGACAGAUAACUACUUUUCAGGCGAUAAUGUUUUCAAGAAUGAAAAGAUGACUCUUCUUUAAUUUGAUCAUACAGUCAUAUUUUGGGUAAAAGGAAAAGCUUUUCUGCAUUAACAAAGUACUCAAACUGACAUUCAGACAAUGAAAUAUGAUUCAUUUGUAGGUCGACAAAACAGAAACAACGCUGACGAAAGUAAAAUUACUGUCGAAAAAUAAAGAUGCAUGUCACAUGACAACAAAUAAUGACAAUGCAAUGUUAUUAUCGAUUCGAAGGAAAUUUGAUUACAUUUUCUUUAUCUUAAAUAUACUCAAGAAUUAAAAUGAAAUAAUGAAAAGGGAAAAGCGAACGAUGAAACAAAAUCCUUAAAAUAUGACUAUGUCUCACAGUAACUAUAAGCAAAGAAUAAAUAAUUUUCAUCUCCAUACCCGUUCAAGUCCUCCUUGCUUAAUCCCAGUCUCAAAGUCUCAUCUUUUGACUCUAUCUCUUCCUACAGCCAUCUCAAUCUCAGUUUAAACGCACCAGUUCAACUGACAGUACACCGGUUACAUGAAAAGAGUCGUCACAUCAGUUGUUGGCUUCUUUUAAAAAUCCUAGUUUAUCUCUUCUUUUAUCUGUUUCUUCUUGUAAAUCGUGAUUAUUUCUUAUCUAGGAGCAUUUUGACAGGUUAAAGUUUACAGAGACAGCCGUGGAUGGCAGUCAACUUAUCCCCAAUCUGGCAGCAAGCGUCUCAAACAAAUUCAGAGACAGGUUUCACGUUGUACAAAGGCUUAAAACAGCUGUUGAGUCCUCCUGGCCCACACCUCCCUCAUCAAUCCCGACAGAAUGCUGUCGAGUGUCAAGUUCAUCUAAAAAUGUAGAAUAUGACUCCAGAUUUCGCAAACGACUCGACAUAUCAAGUGCGUGCGUAAAAGUAUCCCAAAAUGCUCCCCCAUCACCUAAACAUGUCGCCAAUUCAGUCGUGGAGGAGAUGAAAAAUAUUUUGCAAGAUAAUCCUUUUAUCAAGUGGCAAUAUUUUGCAUCAGAAGAAGGCACGUUGGCAAAUUACCCUGCAUUUGAGGAUACGGAAGAUUGCAGAUCUUAUGAUCCUCGUUUCAGGCCAUUUUACGUGGAAACGGCCACGCCGAAGCCAAAGGAUGUUGUUCUUGUUCUCGACACCAGUGGAUCGAUGAAAGGAAGCCGGCUUAGGAUCGCUAAGGAAGCUGCUAAAACUUUUCUGAGUACAACGAAUCCCAGGGACAGGGUGAGUACGAAGAAAAGUUUGUGUGUAUGAGUGUAAAGCAUUCUGCAAUCGUUUGAUAAUCCUAUUUCACAACGGAAAUAAAAGGAAAAUAUGUUUUACACAUUAUUAGAUUCCCUUCUCCUUUAACCCUAAUAUAAUUGAGAAGCGAUCUUUCACACAGCAUAUACUAAAGCGUUGAAUAAAGGACUUAAAUGAAUGAUCAAUUGAUUCGCUUAACUAUCGACUGAGUUGUCAACAACUAAAACACGUUGAUUUGCAAACGCUAUGUUCGCAUGUUAGCGAGGUAGCUGACUUAACGAUUGACCCAACGACUUACCACCGCCUGACCUCAGGACUUACUCACUCACUGACUUAUAGAAUGCUUUGACGAAAAUGUUAUUUUCCCUUCUUUAUCAUAGAUCGGAAUAGUAAGCUUCAGUGAUAAAGCAGCCACACCAACAGGGUACAGAGGUGAUGGGCGUGACUGCCACAGCGAACGUUUAGCAGAUGCCACACCAAUCAAUAUAAAAUACAUGAACAGCUAUGUUGAUUCACUGUCUGCUGGAGGUAAAAAUCAACUAGCGUUCUUUUCCAUGUCAUCAGCAGUCCCUGAAUGUGAUCGUCAUGACAUGUUUACUGAUUAUCAAAACAAAGUCGACAAAAUGAGAGUUUUAAGUUUUGUAGGUACAAUGUUGAGUUAUGCCAAAUUUAGCUUGAUCUGAGUCAAUUCAGUAGUCUGCAGCCUUUCUCAUCCAUGUGUUAAGUCAAAGACAGCUUCUAAGGCUCUUCAUGAACUUAUGAUAACCAUAAUCCUGUGAGGUUUUUUUCUUUUCUUUAAUUCAGGAGACACUCAAUACUCCAAAGCUUUCCGCUCAGCCUUCAAUCUGCUGAAAGGUUCCUCUUCUGGAGGAGAAACCUCAAGGACGAAAGUCAUAAUCUUUCUAACGGAUGGUAAACCAACCGACGAACCAACGGAAAUCAUGCAAACAAUACAAACAAAGAACGCAGAGCUUGAUAACAAGGUGGUAAUAAUGACGUAUGGGAUGGAACAGGACUUACAAAUCCUUCGAGAUAUUGCUAAUCAAGAUGGUGGACGAUAUGGAGUAUCGCAAGCCUCUGACGUUACUGUAAGUACAACCACCGUAUUCACGGCCCUGUCAAUAGCGCAGGAUGAAGAAAAAGGCUACCCAUAAAGAUCCGAACCUUAAACCUUCUAAUUUGGUAAUCGAGAGAUUUUAGCCGUGGUGAUGUUUCACUUUUACUGUCACAGGAGGGCCAACAUACUUGGCCAGAGCUAUGCAUGCAGUCUUGAUUUCCAUAGCCAGUCCUUUUUACAGGAAAUCCUCAGCAUUCGCAUUAUUUAUCCAUCAGUUGAGAAGCUUCUAAGCUAACAGGAAAUGUGAAGACAUCGCAUCCUGUUCAAUAACAAGAUAAAUGAGCUUAGCUUGGGGCAAGGGAUCAAAACAGUAUUGAUUACACGUACUCAAGAACAACUCUGUAGACAUAUGGGAGCUUAGUGUAUCAGUUGCCCUUUGGAAGACCUCCUUAGUCAUUCACAGAGGGCUGAAGUUAAACUUCUCACUACUUUCCUUUUAUUAUAGGUAGGGAAAUUUACUUACGUGGGAAACACAGAAAAUUUGCGAAGAGACUUGGCAACGUAUUACGAUUUCUUCUCUGAAAACUUAGUGCGCGAUGCACCAAUCAUAUCCAUUCCUUACAUUGAUGCUUUUGGCACGGGUAAGAGUCCGGUGUAAUAGUAGCAGAUAAAAUAACGAGUUAAAGCUGUUUUUGGUAUGUUAAACUUGUACAAUAAUUAAUGAAUUUAAUUUAAUUUAAUAAUAAGUUCUUAUAUAGCGCAUUAAAAUUGAACUCUAUGCGCUUUACAAUUACAAAUUAACAAAAUUUCGAUAAAAAUCCUAUACAUGCAAUUCGCUACUCUAUCUAAACUAAUGAAUUAUUACGUGUUAUGCAUAUGUUUGACAACGUACGAUAUCAAAUAAUCUGGUGGCUUAAUUUUUGAAAAGAUGAGUUUUCAAUAAGCGUUUAAAGGAGUCAACAGAUUCGGCGUUUUUAUGCAUUCAGGUAGUUGGUUCCACAAAUACGGUGCUGCGUAGGAGAAUGCUCUUUGCCCAUACGUUUUAGUUCGAAUUGUUGGGACCUCAAGUAGAUUCAUAUUUGAUGAACGGAGGUUUCGUGCUGGAAUAUAUCGACUAAGAAGUUCAACAAGAUAGGUUGGAGCCAUGUCAUUUAGUGCUUUGUAUGUUAUCAACAGUAUCUUGAAUUGAAUUCGUUUUGUGACCGGGAGCCAAUGAAGUUUCCUAAGUAUAGGUGUUAUACUGUCUCUUGAUUUGGCACCGACUAACAAGCGGGCAGCUGUGUUUUGGAUCCGUUGGAAUUUUUCGAUGUCACAAAUCGGUAGACCGUACAAUAGGCUAUUACAAUAAUCAAGUCUCGAUGAGAUAAAGGCGUGUAUCAAUCUUUCAUUUUGCUGCGUCGAGAGGUAUUUACGAACGCGACCAAUAUUUCUGAUUGCUAGAGACGACGAUUUACAGAUGGAAUUUAUAUGCGAGCGUAAGUUCAUCACAGAAUCAAGCAUGACGCCUAGGUCUCGGACAGUAUUAGAUAAAUUAAUGAUAUCAUCUCCAAUAUUGAUAUUACAGAAAGGAGGAUUUUUGAGAAGCGUGAGAGGAAAUGAAUGAUUUCUGUUUUUGAAGGGUUGCACUGCAAUCUGUUUUUCUUGGCCCACUCCAUGAUUGCAUUAACACAUGAUUUCAAUCUUUCCAUGCCUAGCAUUCUGUCAGAGGAGUUUAUCUUUAUGUAAAGUUGCGAAUCAUCGGCAUAUAUCAUACAGUUUAGGCCAUGUUCAGCAACAAUGUCUUCUGUAGGCGAGGUAUACAUUAGAAAGAGUAGUGGACCAAGUACUGAUCCCUGGGGUACGCCGUAGGAGAUAUGUCGAGGCUUAGAGAUAGAGUGAUUGAUCUUCACUGACUGAACACGAUGUUCUAGGUAUGAUUUGAACCAUUUUAGUGCGAUACCUCUAAAUCCGAAACGUUUCUCCAUUCUUUCAAGUAAUAUGUUAUGGUCGAUCGUGUCGAACGCAGCGGAAAGGUCUAGCAAAACAAGUACUACUUCUUCUUUUUUGAUCUACAGCUCUUAGGAUGUCAUUUGAGACUUUUAUUAAAGCAGUUUCAGUGGAGUAGUAUUUGCGGUAUGCUGACUGCAUCGCUGGAAAUAACUGGUUCUCGGCCAUAAAUCUGUAUAUUUGAUUUGCGACCACCCUUUCGAUUGUUUUUGAGAGAAAAGAUAGAUUUGCAAUCGGUCUGUAAUUUGAGAGACAGUUCGGGUCCAAUGAAGGCUUCUUUAAAGAUGGACAUACCAGGGAUUGUUUUAACUGAUCAGGAAAUUCUCCGUUAGCCAUGGAGGCGUUGAUAAUCUUGGUUAUAAUUGGCGUCAAGUGUGGAAUUGACUUUAAAAUUCGUGUUGGAAUGGGAUCCAGUUGACAAGACUUAGUUGGAGAUUGAACAAUAAGUUUGUGAACAAUAUCAGCAGAUACAGGUUGAAAAAUUUGGAACGACGAGGUGACUGGAUAAUUGACGUUGAUGUCGGGUGCUUGGGCAGUAUGGGAGUCCAAAUCCGAUCUUAUUUUCUCAAUUUUUUUUUGAUAAAAAAAUCGUUGAACGUUUCGGUCAAUGUAUCCAAUGAAUCAUUAUUAGAGAGUGCAGCAAUGUUCUUCGAUAAGAAUAGGCGAGAUACCAUCUUGAAUAGUUGUGAUUGGUCAGAGGAGCUGAUCAGAGUCCGAUAAUAGUUUGUCUUUGUCGCUGUUAGAAGAUCAUUGUAGUGUUUGCAGGAAUCAAUAAAUAUUUCUUGGUGAAUUUGAAGACCAGAUGAAAUAUAUCUUCUUUCAUGACGACGUUUGUCUUGUUUAGCCUUACGAAGUUCAUCAGUAUACCAAGGAGAAUGCGGUCGCAGAGUGACCCAUCUCUCGUUCACAGGAGCAUGUUGAUCAAAGAUAGACGAGAGAUUAGUAUUAUAUUGUGUAGUCAGCUCAGUUACACAAGACUGUGGAUUAGUAAUGAGAUUAGAUUCUUCGAUGUCUUUGAUCAUACUAGCUAAAUCGAGCCUUUUGGUGUUUCUGUGUUUAACAUGUAGUGUAGAAGGUUUCGGUUUUGUACAUUUCACCUUACAAGUAACCAAAUUAUGAUCUGAAAUAUUGUCGGCUGAUAGAAUGCGAACAUCCGUUAUAACAUUAUUCUCUUCACGAGAUAAUAUCAAGUCCAAUGUGUGGCCCAGGCGAUGAGUGGAUCCAGAUACAUUUUGAAUUAGAUCAGUGGACUCAAGGAGAUUUAGAAAGGAGGCAGCUUCAGGAUUUGAUAGAUCAUCAACAUGGUAGUUAAAAUCACCGGCAAUUAUAAUGGGCUGCCUUGAUAAUGUAAGUUCUUCAAGAAAAGAUGAGAAUUCUUGCAAAAAGCUAUUUCCAGUGUUGUUCUUUUUGCACAGAGGAGGGCGAUAGAGAACAAUUAAACGGAAUGUCUCACUUUUGUUGGAUAUGCUCACAUCUAAGUACUCAAAUGAGCUUGUGUUCAUGAUGGAAUUUUGCAGUACGGUAUAACCAUCUCGUAUCAACAAAGCGACUCCGCCGCCCUUACGAUUCCUUCUUGGUAUGUGGUGGAGUUUAAAAUGCGGAAGAAUGUUGUUGAUGUCAGUAAUAACAUGGUUGUCAUCCUCGGUUCCUUUAAGCCAAGUCUCUGUUAUGGCCAGGAUGUCUAAAUGGUGGGAGAUGACCAAAUCGCAUAAAUGAGUUGAUUUUUAACAAUCGAACGCACAUUGAGGAGAGCAAAAUUACUGGUGGAUUUGGUUCUCGGUAGAUGGCCAACGCGUGUGAUAGAGAUGACAUUGUUGAUGUUUCUUGAGUAAAUUUUCUUUGAUGGUCGUCGAUGCGUAGAAACAAUGGUUGGAAUGUAAUAACAUUGAGAAUCUUCGUUUUGAAUAAUUAAAUCUUCCUUCGGUUGAGAAAUUGCUCCAAGGUCAAAUUGUGACAAUAAGAAACCCAUUUCAGGACCAGGGUUAGAAGCAAUGGUUCUCGGUAGAUGGCCAACGCGUGUGAUAGAGAUGAUAUUGUUGAUGUUUCUUGAGUAAAUUUUCUUUGAUGGUCGUCGAUGCGUAGAAACAAUGGUUGGAAUGUAAUAACAUUGAGAAUCUUCGUUUUGAAUAAUUAAAUCUUCCUUCGGUUGAGAAAUUGCUCCAAAGUCAAAUUGUGACGACAAGAAACCCAUUUCAGGACCAGGGUUAGAAGCAACGUCACCAGCCAAAGUAAGACGAGCUUGGUUGAAGGUGGUAGUUGAGUUAGCGUAGUAUUUGACUUUGGAUGUGUUGUAACCUUUAGGUCGUAGACAAACAAAGCGAGGCCGAUUAGUUGUUAAAUAACGAGGUAGUAAUACAGCAGAAAUCCACUUGUUAGGAUACAAACAAUGAUUCUUGCAAAUAUAAUCCAAAGAGGAAAUGUUUAGGCAAUCCAUAUGUCGUUUUUCAAUUGAAAUAAUAUAAAGAACUGUGAAAAAAAUAAAGAAAAUCAAGCAGCGAUAUGAAGCACGUCCGUUACCCAUAAUUACCAUAACCAGACAUCUGGCUAAAGGCUAUUAUUAAUUAAAUGUGUAAUCGUGAGGAUACAAGCCGAUCAAGUGGUUUGAUGUGGUCGACUAGUGCCGCAAAAAUGGUCUCGAGGUGAUUCAGUCAGCCUUUUCUGGUUACGGUUUUUAACCUAGUUAUGUAUUUUUUUUAAUCACUUGUUUCUUGGACUUGCUCAGCCCUGCUACCCUUUGUUCAUUUCGAUUCUCCUUCAGCUCAAGAAAUCAAAAUUCCUCUCUCAAAGCUCACUUGGUGGGAAUCAUUUUCUGCGAGACAAAAUGAACACUAAGAUCAUUACAGCAAAGUCGUCCAAGACCAUGCAUGUGGAGGAGUGUGUGGGACUAGUUAACCAUUGAACUUGUAUAUCUAUCUCGACAGGUCUGUUAACUUCCAUAACACUCCCAUGCUAUUACCAAGGGAAAUUCAUCGGUGUUGUUGGUACCGAUAUUAGCAUGGAAGACCUUCUAUCGGAAAUCACAUAUUUUCAGAGAGGCCAAUCAAGCUACGCUUUCAUGGUGGACAGUUCUGGGAGGACCAUGAUGCACCCUCUUUUACCAGCCCCUUCAGAUGCAUUCGGUGACCCCAUUUUCAUGGAUAUAACAGCUUUAGAACCUGAACCCGAGUUUAUCUCAGUGUUUCUAUCAAUCAAAAGGUAAUGGACUCUUCGAAGUAAUUGUUAGGGCCAAAACCCAUCGUAGCUUCGCUAUGAACGAGAAAGGCAGCUAAGAAUAAGGAAUUUGCUGUUGUUUUCAUUGGGGAAAGGAAAAUGGAAACUAGUUUCGAUGUAUUUCUUCUGAAUCAAUUCAAAACAACGAUAAAAAAAAGAGAUGUAGAUAGAAAUACGAGGGAUGGUACGUUUUGAGCUCGGUAAAGAAAUAGAGAAAGAUGUUUUUUCGUCUCAUCACGAGCGUGGGACAAAGAAAAAAUUCUGAGUUCCUUUAGAGAAACCUUCGGAUUCUGCGCUCCGAUGCUCUAACCACUGAGCCACAGAGACUCUACGGUGAUCGAGGUCUAUUAUGAAGUUCAUAUGACACGCGUCCUGAAUACUGCUUGGAUCAGCAAUGUCGAAAGCGUAAAGGUUGUAGAUAUAACUACGAGAGAAGGUAAGUUUUGAGCUCGGUAAAGAUUUUUUUCUUUGUCCCACGUUCGCGACAAGACAAAAAAACAUUUUUCUCUAAAAAAAGAAAUGUACAAUCUCAUCCGAGUCGAGGUUCUUUGAAUUCGAUUUCUUUUGUUUUAGAAACAAAGUUCUCAUAUAGUUCAGACGAAACAACCAUUAACAAGUUGAACAUAAAGAAAUUGAAUGAUUUUAUUUUUUUUUUCCCAAGUGGUAAAUCUGGACAGAAAACAUUUCCAUCAAAACGUUUCCUGGCUCGUGGUGGACAAGUGGAGGAAGGAGUGACAGUUGCAACUUAUCGGUCGACCUAUUUCUGGGAACCAGUUCAGCACACUAAUUUUACUGUUACGAUUGUGGUUAAAGAUGGCGAUAAGGAUGAAACACUGGACACUCAGACUAUUCCUUCCGGUAAACCAAAACAUCAUUGGAAAAGAUGCAAAUUAUCAGAGAGAUAUUGACCGACUUUAUGUCUCCUCGAUAACGACUGACCUUAUAGAUCCUUAAAAUACAACUUCAUUUUGUGAUUGAAUUCCCUCACGUACAUGUUUGUUGUACCUUUAAAUGUUGCGCGCUUUUCUACGCAGAUUUUGAAUUCUUAUACCAUCGCUUGGACUUGGUGAAGCCGGAUUCGCCAUGUGUUCACUUUUCAAGAUAUGCAGCAAAGGGUUUGUAAGCCCCCCGCCCUUCCACAUCCAUGAAAUGUUGUCGUCGUCAUUGCUAUUUAUGCUCAAUGAUUUUUAAAAGAUAUCGCGACACUUAACUGUUGCAUCAUAUUAUAGAGCAAUAUCACAACCUUUAUUAUUGUCACAGAUUCAACUGUGGUAAAGUUUAGUGCCGAAGCCUUUACAGAUCCAUACAAGUACCUUGGACUGGAUGAGUCAGUAUCUAAAGUGAACGCUUACGAAAGAUUUAUGAAAAGUGCAAGAGCAAUCAACCCCGGAUUUAAAAGUGGCAUACGUAAUACAGUCAUAGCUACCAAGAAGGUAGAAGAUAUUUGGUUUCGAGAAAAGACGGAGUACACUAAAUAUCUUGUUUGGAGAUAUGUUGGCACAGCCAAUGGUGUUUUCAGAAUGACACCUGGAACCUUGCUGGCCAAAUCUUACGAUCCGAGGAAAAGACCAUGGUAAGUAGUAUAUGGUUGUAAAAUUUACAUCGGGAGUAUGUUUCACAUUCUUCCAUCGUCUUUUAACUUUAAAAAGUGUCUUUGGAGUCAACCAAGAUUUGUCUUCCAUCCUCUGUGUAGACAUCAUUAGUUCACAAACAGAGGUGUAUGAUAAUCCACCCGAAAGUCCCACAUUCCGAUCCCAUUGGGCGAUUAAGCUUUAGUUACCAUAUGAUAUGUCACAUUAUCAUUUCAUCUUUUGUCAUUUUUUAGGUACCACACCGCUCUCAGCAAUACGGGGUCAGUUGCCCUCUCCACGCCCUAUAUAGACGCCUUCGGUGCAGGAGUGGUGAUAACUGCAGCCCACACCCUCUACCGCGGUGAGACAAACAGCCAGUAUAGUACAAGUGAUCAGGUUAUUGGAGUCAUGGGCGCAGAUUUUCCCCUAUCAUACUUCCAAAAGUAAGCGUAUCAUAAUUUUUAGACCGCACUUCUAUUACAUAGCUAUGAUAUCUUUGUGUCUAUUUUACUUUGUGAAAAACAGAUCAUUCCAUUCGUAUUCCAACCAUAGAUACUUAAAGUACCGAGGUGACUUCCUUUCCAGGCUAAGACCGUUUAAACCGAGGUUGUCUUAUUCUAGUUUUUGCCUUAAUAAUAACUAAAUACUUUUGUUUCAGACUCCUAACAGAUACAUACCCAAAGUGUGAGGAGAGCAGCUAUGAUUGUUUUGUUUUGGACAGAGCUGGAUUCCUAAUCAUGCACAAUGAUUUCCUACAGCCAGAUAUAACAGCUAAAACUCUGGAGUAUGUCCAUAUCACAGAAAAAGAGAAAGACAUCUCCGAAGAUCUGAUACAAAAAGGUUAUCUGGUGAAGAAGGAAUGUCGAAAUUUAGAGAAAAUCGGGUUGCAGAACUUUUACGAGCUAAAGCUUCCAUUUCAAGGAGUGAGUACUCUUGAGAAUGGACAACGUUGCAAGAAGUAUCAGCUCUUGAAAGUUGGUGGAAGUAAUGCUUUUUUGGGUAAGAGAGAUGGAAAGAAUCUGACAGGUGUUUUACAAUAAAAAAUACAUUCAAUUUACUCUGAGGACGUCUCUUUUCUCUUUUACAUCAACAGGAAUCAUAUCAAGGGAGGGCUCGUGUUCAUCCAAGACUUGCAGCUGCUCCAGUAACAAAGAAUGUUCCAACGUGAAGGGAUUGACUUGCGAAUGCCCUUGUUCCUCACGACUUGAAUUCCAUUACUGUAGGAGUGAAUUUCCUGCCAGCAAGUAAGCUUAUCAUGUUGUGAAAAGUUGAUAGCACCGGGUUUCGUAUGUAAGCUUACCAGCCUUAUUUUCUUGCAGUAUUUCCAUUUGUCCCGUGCCAGCGACUGUUGUUCUCUCUGAGCGAGUAAAUGAUCCUUCAGUAAAUGGCUUAGGGAAAUGUUUCGACCCACAAUGUGACAAGAAGCCUGAUUCAGAGUCAUGUGACGGAGUCGUGGGCUGCUAUUGGUGCGUUAGAGAUAAGUUCAAUACUCCUCUUUCCAAGGAAUACUGCGCAGAUAUCAAUACCUGCUAUGGUGGCACACAAGGUAUGUCUUAAACUGUUUAUUCGAAGACACUUUUUCCUGAAGUGUGCAUUAACUGAUAUAUGUACUUAAUUGUUUAUUCUGCAGGCACGAGAGCCCCAGGAAGCGGUAAUAUUCUAACCAACCCCACCAAUCCAGAAGAUGACGGCGAUAAGGGUAGUCUCUCGGCAGGUGCCAUUGUUGGUAUUGUUCUGGGGCCGAUCGCUGUCAUUAUUGUGCUUACUUUCAUCUUUGUUAAAUGUAACAGAAAAUAUUUUCCAAAACCGAUUACAUUCUUAGCCCCGGCUCCAGCGGUGGAACGCAACGCACUGCCGUGUAUCACCCGUCCACCAGGAUACCCAUACAGACCUAAGUUUGGCUUUCCUGAGAAUAGCGCAAGUGUAAAUAUACCACCACCUCCCAGUUAUGAUCAGAUAACGCCAUCUAUUCCUAACGCUUCUGCACCACCCUAUGGACAUUACCAUAAGGGUUUACAUUAAGUAGAACUUGAUAAUACUUUCACUCUACCGGAAGUGGUUCGUAAACGAAAGGAUGAUCCGGUGACACUGUAGUACGUUCUCCCAGAUAUGUAACGGUGCGGCCUCCCCUAUUUUGACACAGAUCCUGCUCUUAAACUAAUGUGGUGUUAUAAAUAUUAUAUCAUAUUCUAAAAUAAUUUUAGCCGAGCCUUAUCGCAUCGAACCUGUUUGAGGCACAAGCUACUGCGAUUUAUAAAAUAAACGCUUCGCAUUUCUCUCACUGCAAGGUUAAUUCUCCAUAUCUUGUAAUUCUGGUCAGAAAAAUUUCCCUUUAUCAACUGCGUCCAUCGAAAAAGUCAUCUCCAAGAGAGGAGUCAUUUACUAAGCAAUAUAAUAUCUAUGCUAUCUUAUAUUUCAAGGAUAUCUUGUUUCAAAUAUGAAAAUGAGGGCUAAUAACAACUCCAAGGGACUCUUAUAAGUGAGGGAAAAAAGAGGGAAGUAUUUUCUUUUCGUAGCAUAUUUUCGAAGUUCAAACGAGGCCUGUAAAUACAAUUAAUAUUUAGGAUUUAAAAUCCAAGCUCUCGUCGACUAUUAGCAUAAUAAAUAAACUGUGUUGGAAAUAGAAAAUUUGAUAUCACUGGGUGACCAACUUAAUGUAAACAACAAAUGUAACGGUAGCAUUGAUCGUUUACCAAGAGUAACAAUGUCGCUUUCUGUAACGACACAAAGAUAUUAUAAAAAUACAAUUGGUCGAUUUCAUUAAGUCUGUACAUUCUUAACCCAUGUUUCCUUAAAAUGAUAUUUGUUGUGAAUGACUUUCGCUCAAUGAGGUCCCAGUUUCGUUCCCUAUCCUUUCUCCCUUGGUAAGAAUGAAACUAGUUCGAGUCUCCAGCCUAGAAUAUAAUAAUUACGCAAGGUGUAUCCCAAAGUUACCUUACUCGAAAUCAGCCAAGCUUUCUUUCUCUGUGUUCGCCAGGAUCCUCUCAGUCGCCCCUUGUGAUGCUUAAGUUAUUGGGAAAAUUAUAGGGGAACUCGACCGAUCAAUAGAUCACGUUUAAGAUGACUGGAAGGGCUACAAUCUUUUGGAGAGCGGCACCAUAUGGACGACUUACAUAUCACAUAUCACAUUUAACCAAGGAGAACAACUUAACGUUACCGGAGAAGCGAAAUUUACCAAUCACUGAAGACUUACGACAUUUGAACCUUGCAGCCAACAACAUCACUGCAAACAAAGCUUGCCGGAAACGGACUCGUAGCACACCACCGACAUAAUUUUUACACGACUCUUCUAACGACUUGCACAGAGGUUGUCGGAACGUAAGUUUCUCCGAUUAAGUCUUUCUCGGCACUACACUUACCCUGAGAACUUACUUAGUGGUUAAGCAUGGUUAUCGUACUCAAGUAUAUUAAGGCUUGGCCAGCUAAUUAAAUGUGCAUGAUAGUAGAAGAUGGCAUCUAGAAUGGUUCGGUUUAAUCUAUACGCCUAAAACCUGCGCUACUAGUAGAAAAUAUCUUCAUUAGCAAAAAAGCCAUACUCAAGCUUAAAUAUGACCUUUCAUUGAGACCUGUUUAAGAAUUAGUUAAAAUAAUUAUGUGGGAUAUAUUUAGGACACCUUGUACGGCAUCGAUCACUUGAAUGAAUUCUACUUUACCAGCCCGCCAGCAAGUUGACCAGCGGAUUUGUUGUUGAGAUAUAUACUUUGUGUAAGUUGACAUCGUGAUGAUGUCACGAAGCUUGGAAUGAUUGAUUAUGAAGGGAAAACAGAAUGCGGAAAGAUUGAUUUGAGCGAGCUGGGAUGCCCUCUUGACACUGCGCUCCACAACAGCUUCUUGAAAAUUGCCUUGUGUGAAGAGUAGUUUAAAUCCUAGGUAAUUUUUCUAGAACAGUAUUUUUAACGAAAAGAACGCGAAGGAUUUUUCAACGAGACAGAAAGUUUUACAGAAUAUCCUCGAGUUCAGUGGAGUAGAUCGGCUAUCAUUCAUGCUUUCUCGUAGUUUUACUUUCAUGUAAUUUCCCAUGCCAUUACGAACGACUGCGUAAGAUAACAAGGCGAAUUGAACUAAGCAAAUUCCGGUCGAACAACCGAUUAUUACGGCAUUUCAUCGAUUCCAAAAAAAAAAAUGGUUGUGAUCAGGCUAAAAGUGCAUUUAAACAGACAACUUUCCGCCAGAAUGCAAUGAAUGUAUCAGAUCCGAUAGAGUUGUUUGCGCAACCGUACCUAUCUGACGUGAUCGAAUAUGCAAAUAACAUAACUUCUGUGUGUUCAUAAUCACUGAAGCUAAAUACUUCCUGAACGCACGAUUAAUCUAACUCUUAAAUAGACAACUAUUUGGAUGUAGAGAUGUGUACAUGUGUAAACGUGAUUCGACUGAAAGUAAGUAAUUAUUACAAAUAUCCAAGUACAAAUAUAGCAACAUCAAGAGUAACGACAGAGCUAAGUGAAAUGGAAACGAACUUAACAUUUCUGGCGUAACCAGGUCCGGCAGUAAAACUCUUAGACAAAAGUAACACGGCAAAAACUAACGAAACGACUUACUUAGUGCAACUAGCAGUGAAAAUUAUCUAACGAAGACAACGUUUCUACUGGUGAGAAAUAAAACACUACGGGCGUUACAUAAUUCUUACAAAACCUCACGCAAAAACACGAACUUCUUGAAAAGAAACAUAACAUACAAAAGUAGUUCAAUUGAAAGAAAAACAAUAUAAAAUAGUUUCGCAGUCAAAUUACGAUAAAUAGAAAUGCAAAUUCUAGUGGCUACAAUCACGAAACGGAAACAUUGGGAUCAGGUAACGUCAUUCGUUAAGAUCGAAAAAAUACUAGCCAGGAAAAAGCGUGGGGGUUCAACGUUAGCAGUAUCCCCUUAAAACGAGUUGAAACAAGACAAGAGGACAGUGCUGAGUACGACAGUCAUCGCAAAAACAUGGCUUCUUCGUCGUUCCUUCGUGGAAAUGGGAAUUCGGUCGCUGUAAUGCUUUUUUUGAUGACGUUUUGUCUGUGUUGCACAGCAGAUUUACUAGAUCCAAGACUUUUCAGUCAAACACUAACCAAACUAGCCACAGAUGGACUUGGCGUCUCUAAUUUGCAGGUAAGAUCAAGAUUCAUAGUUUGGAUAAACGUGAAGUCCUUCCAAUUCCUGUGUGUAUCAGAAAUAUUGGUGUAAUAUUUUGCACAAGAAAAGAUCGUGUAAAUGUUUACGUCCUGCAAUGCUUUAUUGCUCACCAACAAAAUUUCGUGUCAUUUCUGCUGCUAAAUAAUUUAACUAUUUAUUUUAAGAAGCGUUGAUACAAAUAGAUCAUAGUUUUCAUACAGUUUCAUGCUUCCCGAUCCAGCUCCAAUGAGCUACACAUAAUUUUUAGAGGUGCAACUAGAGAGGAGUACGUAUACAAAAACCUACGACCGGUCACCGUUGCCACAUAUUUCCUUCGCUCCACUCAAUAAACACUGUGCAAUCAUAAAGGUAUCAAAUAUUGACAAGGAAGCUGUGGCGUCGAGUUCUUGACAGCACUCUGUUCAGUAAACUUGAAGUGUAACACAAGGAUUACAUGGUUAUUUAAAAUAACACUGACAAGAAACGGUUACUGAGUUAUCAGUAAUCUGAGCCCAAUUUUUACAUUUGGACAGAUAACUAAUUUUCAGGCGAUAUUGUUUUCAAGAAUGAAAAGAUGACUCUUCUUUAAUUUGAUCAUACAGUCAUAUUUUGGGUAAAAGGAAAAGCUUAUCUGCAUUAACAAAGUACUCAAACUGACAUUCAGACACUGAAAUAUGAUUCAUUUGUAGGUCGACAAAACAGAAACAAUGCUGAACGAAAGUUAAAUUACUGGCGAAAAAUAGAUGCAUGUCACAUGACAACAAAUAAUGACAAUGCAAUGUAAUCAUCGAUUCGAAGGAAAUUUGAUUACAUUUUCUUUAUCUUAAAUAUACUCAAGAAUUAAAAUGAAAUAAUGAAAAGGGAAAAGCGAACAAUGAAACAAAAUCCUUAAAAUAUGAUUAUGUCUCACAGUAACUAUAAGCAAAGAAUAAAUAUUUUUCAUCUCCAUACCCGUUCAAGUCCUCCUUGCUUAAUCCCAGUCUCAAAAUCUUAUCUUUUGACUCUGUCUCUUCCUCCAGCCAUCUCAAUCUCAGUUUAAACGCACCAGUUCAACUGAAAGUACACCGGUGACAUGAAAAGAGUCGUCACGUCAGUUGUUUGCUUCUUUUACAAAUCCUCGUUUACCUCUAGUUUUAUCUAUUUCUUCUUUUAAAUCUUGAUUAUUUCUUAUCUAGGAGCAUUUUGACAGGUUAAAGUUUACAGAGACAGUCGUGGAUGGCAGUCAACUUAUCCCCAAUCUGGCAGCAAGUGUCUCAAACAAAUUCAGAGACAGGUUUCACGUUGUACAAAGGCUUAAAACAGCUGUUGAGUCCUCCUGGCCCACACCUCCCUCAUCAAUCCCGACAGAAUGCUGUCGAGUGUCAAGUUCAUCUAAAAAUGUAGAAUAUGACUCCAGAUUUCGCAAACGACUCGACAUAUCAAGUGCGUGCGUAAAAGUAUCUCAAAAUGCUCCCCCAUCACCUAAACAUGUCGCCAAUUCAGUCGUGGAGGAGAUGAAAAAUAUUUUGCAAGAUAAUCCUUUCAUCAAGUGGCAAUAUUUUGCAUCAGAAGAAGGCACGUUGGCAAAUUACCCAGCAUUUGAGGAUACGGAAGAUUGCAGAUCUUAUGAUCCUCGUUUCAGGCCAUUUUACGUGGAAACGGCCACGCCGAAGCCAAAGGAUGUUGUUCUUGUUCUCGACACCAGUGGAUCGAUGAAAGGAAGCCGGCUAAGGAUCGCUAAGGAAGCUGCUAAAACUUUUCUGAGUACAACGAAUCCCAGGGACAGGGUGAGUAUGAGGAAAAGUUUGUGUGUCUGAGAGUAAAGCAUUCUGCAAUCGUUUGAUAAUCCUAUUUCACAACGGAAAUAAAAGGAAAAUAUGUUUUACACAUUAUUAGAUUCCCUUCUCCUUUAACCCUAAUACAAUUGAGAAGUGAUCUUUCACACAGCAUAUACUAAAGUGCUGAAUAAAGGACUUAAAUGAAUGAUCAAUUGAUUCGCCUAACUAUUGAAUGAGUUGUCAACAACUAAAACACGGUGAUUUGCCAACGCUAUGUUUGCAUGCUAGCUAGGUAGCUGACUUAACGAUUGACCCAACGACUUACCACCGCCUGACCUCAGGAAUUACUCACUCACUGACUUAUAGAAUGCUUGGACGAAAAUAUUAUUUUCCCUUCUUUAUCAUAGAUCGGAAUAGUAAACUUCAGUGAUAAAGCAGCCACACCAAUAGGGUACAGAGGUGAUGGGCGUGACUGCCACAGCGAACGUUUAGCAGAUGCCACACCAAUCAAUAUAAAAUACAUGGACAGCUAUGUUGAUUCACUAUCUGCUGGAGGUAAAAAUCAACUAGCGUUCUUUUCCAUGUCAUCAGCAGUCCCUGAAUGUGAUCUUCAUGACAUGUUUACUGAUUAUCAAAAUGAGAGUUUUAAGUUUUAUGGGUACAAUGUUGAGUUAUGCCAAAUUUAGCUUGAUCUGAGUCAAUUCAGUAGUUUGCAGCCUUUCUCAUCCAUGUGUAAAGUCAAAGACAGCUUCUAAGGCUCUUCACGAACUUAUGAUAACCAUAACCCUGUGGGUUUUUUUUCUUUUUUUUUUAAUUCAGGAGACACUCAAUACUCCAAAGCUUUCCGCUCAGCCUUCAAUCUGCUGAAAGGUUCCUCUUCUGGAAGAGAAACCUCAAGGACGAAAGUCAUAAUCUUUCUAACGGAUGGUAAACCAACCGACGAACCAACGGAAAUCAUGCAAACAAUACAAACAGAGAACGCAGAGCUUGAUAACAAGGUGGUAAUAAUGACGUAUGGGAUGGAACAGGACUUACAAAUCCUUCGAGAUAUUGCUAAUCAAGAUGGUGGACGAUAUGGAGUAUCGCAAGCCUCUGACGUUACUGUAAGUACAACCACCGUAUUCACGGCUCAGUCCAUGGCGCAGGAUGAAGAAAAAUUCAGGCUACCCAUAAGGAUCCGAACCUUAAACCUUCCAAUUUGGUGGUCGAGAGAUUUUAGCCAUGGUGACGUUUCACUUUUAUUGUCACAGGAGGGCCGACAUACCUGGCCAGAGAUAUGUAUGCAGUCUUGAAGGAAAUCCUCAACAUUCUCAUUAUUUAUCCAUCAGUUUAGAAGCUUCUAAAUAACACGAUAAAUGAGCUUAGCUUGGGGCAAGGGAUCAAAACAGUGUUGAUCACUCGUACUCAAGAACAACUCUGUAGACAUAUGGAAGCUUAGUGUAUCAGUUGCCCCUUGUAAGACCUCCUUAGUCAUUCACAGAGGGCUGAAGUUAAACCUCUCACUCCUUUCCUUUUAUUAUAGGCAGGGAAAUUUACUUACGUAGGAAACACAGAAAAUUUGCGAAGAGACUUGGCAACGUAUUACGAUUUCUUCUCUGAAAACUUAGUGCGCGAUGCACCAAUCAUAUCCAUUCCUUACAUUGAUGCCUUUGGCACGGGUAAGAGUCCGGUGUAAUAGUAGCAGAUAAAAUAACGAGUUACAGCUGUUUUUGGUAUGUUAUACUUGUACAAUAAUUAAUGAAAGGCUAUUAUUAAUUAAAUGUGUAAUCGUGAGGAUACAAGCCGAUCAAGAGGUUUGAUGUGGUCGACUGGUGCCGCAAAAAUGGUCUCGAGGUGAUUCAGUCAGCCUUUUCUGGUUACGGUUUUUAACCUAGUUAUGUAUUUUUUUAAUCACAUGUUUCUUGGACUUGCUCAGCCCUACUACCCUUUGUUCAUUUCGAUUCUCCUUCAGCGCAAGAAAUCAAAAUUCCUCUCUCGAAGCUCACUUGGUGGGAAAUCAUUUUCUGCGAGACAAAAUGAACACUAAGAUCAUUACAGCAAAGUCAUCCAAGACCAUGCAUGUAGAGGAGUGUGUGGGGCUAGUUAACCAUUGAACUUGUAUAUCUAUCUCGACAGGUCUGUUAACUUCCAUAACACUCCCAUGCUAUUACCAAGGGAAAUUCAUCGGUGCUGUUGGUACCGAUAUUAGCAUGGAAGACCUUCUAUCGGAAAUCACAUACUUUCAGAGAGGCCAAUCAAGCUACGCUUUCAUGGUGGACAGUUCUGGGAGGACCAUGAUGCACCCUCUUUUACCAGCCCCUUCAGAUGCAUUCGGUGACCCCAUUUUCAUGGAUAUAACAGCUUUAGAACCUGAACCCGAGUUUACCUCAGUGUUUCUAUCAAUCAAAAGGUAAUGGACUCUUCGAAGUAAUUGCUAGGGCCAAAACCCAUCGUAGCUUCGCUAUGAACGAGAAACGCAGCUAAGAAUAAGGAAUUUGUUGUUGUUUUCAUUGGGGAAAGGAAAAUUGAAACUAGUUUCAAUGUAUUUCCUCUGAAUCGAUUCAAAACAACGAUAAAAAGAGAUGUAGAUAGAAAUACGAGAGAUGGUAAGUUUUGAGCUCAGUAAAGAAAUAGAGAAAGAUGUGUUUUCGUCUUGUCACGAGCGUAGGACAAAGAAAAAGUUCUGAGUUCCUUCGGAGAGACCUUCGGAUUCUGCGCUCCGAUGCUCUAAUCACUGAGCCACAGAGACUCUACGGUGAGCGAGGUCUAUUACGAAGUUCAUAUGACACGCGUCCUGCAUACUGCUUGGAUCAGCAGUGUCGAAAGCGUUAAGUUUGUAGAUAGAACUACGAGAGAAGGUAAGUUUUGAGCUCGGUAAAGAAAUAGACAAAGAUGUUUUUUUUCGGAAUCCGCAGGUCUGAGGUUCGAUUCCUCAUGGUGACUCAGAAUUUUUUCUUUGUCCCACGCUCGCGACGAGACGAAAAAACAUUUUUCUCUAAAAAAAGAGAUGUACAGGAAAUCUCGUCCGAGUGGAGGUUCUUUGAAUUCGAUUUCUUUUGUUUUAGAAACAAAGUUCUCAUAUAGUUCGGACGAAACAACCAUUAACAAGUUGAACAUAAAGAAAUUGAAUGAUUUUAUUUUUUCUUUUCCAAGUGGUAAAUCUGGACAAAAAACAUUUCCAUCAAAGCGUUUCCUGGCUCGUGGUGGACAAGUGGAGGAAGGAGUAACAGUUGCAACUUAUCGGUCGACCUAUUUCUGGGAACCAGUUCAGCACACUAAUUUUACUGUUACAAUUGUGGUUAAAGAUGGCGAUAAGGAUGAAACACUGGACACUCAGACUAUUCCUUCCGGUAAACCAAAGCAUCAUUGGAAAAGAUGCAAAUUAUCAGAGAGAUAUUGACCGACUUUAUGUCUCCUCGUUAACGACUGACCUUAUAGAUCCUUAAAAUGCAACUUUAUUUUUUGAUUGAAUUCCUUCACGUACAUGUUUGUUGUACCUUUAAAUGUUGCGCGCUUUUCUACGCAGAUUUUGAAUUCUUAUAUCAUCGCUUGGACUUGGUGAAGCCCGAUUCGCCAUGCGUUCACUUUUCAAGAUAUGCAGCAAAAGGUUUGUAAGCCCCCCGCCCUUCCCCACCCAUGAAAUGUUAUCGUCGUCAUUGCUAUUUAUGCUCAAUGAUUUUUAAAAGAUAUCGCGACACUUAACUGUUGCAUCAUAUUAUAGAGCAAUAUCACAACCCUUAUUAUUGUCACAGAUUCAACUGUGGUAAAGUUUAGUGCAGAAGCCUUUACAGAUCCAUACAAGUACCUUGGACUGGAUGAGUCAGUAUCUAAAGUGAACGCUUACGAAAGGUUUAUGAAAAGUGCAAGAGCAAUCAACCCCGGAUUUAACAGUGGCAUACGUAAUACAGUCAUAGUGACCAAGAAGGUGGAAGAUAUUUGGUUUCGAGAAAAGACGGAGUACACUAAAUAUCUUGUUUGGAGAUAUGUUGGCACAGCCAAUGGUGUUUUCAGAAUGACACCUGGAACUUUACUGGCCAAAUCUUACGAUCCGAGGAAAAGACCAUGGUAAGUAGUAUAUGCUUGUAAAAUUUACAUUGGGAGUAUGUUUCCCAUUCUUCCAUCGUCUUUUAACUUUAAAAAGUGUCUUUGGAGUCAACCAAGCUUUGUCUUCCAUCCUCUGUGUAGAUAUCAUUAGUUCACAAACAGAAAUGUAUGAUACUCCACCCGAAAGUCCCACAUUCCGAUCCCAUAGGGCGAUUAAGCUUUAGUUACCAUAUGAUAUGUCACAUUAUCAUUUCAUCUUUUGUCAUUUUUUAGGUAUCACACCGCUCUCAGCAAUACGGGAUCAGUUGCCCUCUCCACACCCUAUAUAGACGCCUUCGGUGCAGGAGUGGUGAUAACUGCAGCCCACACCCUCUACCGCGGUGAGACAAACAGCCAGCAUAGUACAAGUGAUCAGGUUAUUGGAGUCAUGGGCGCAGAUUUUCCCCUUUCAUACUUCCAAAAGUAAGUGUAUCAUAUUUUUUAAACCGCACUUCUAUUACACAGCUAUGAUAUCUUUGUGUCUAUUUUACUCUGUGAAAAACAGAUCAUUCCAUUCGUAUUCCAACCAUAGAUACUUAAAGUACCGAGGUGACUUCCUUUCCAGGCUAAGACCGUUUAAACCGAGGUUGUCUUGUUCUAGUUUUUACCUUCAUAAUAACUAAAUACUUUUGUUUCAGACUCCUAACAGAUACAUACCCAAAGUGUGAGGAGAGCAGCUAUGAUUGUUUUGUUUUGGACAGAGCUGGAUUCCUAAUCAUGCACAAUGAUUUCCUACAGCCAGAUAUAACAGCUAAAACUCUGGAGUAUGUCCACAUCACAGAAAAAGAGAAAGACAUCUCCGAAGAUCUGAUACAAAAAGGUUAUCUGGUGAAGAAGGAAUGUCGAAAUUUGGGGAAAAUCGGCUUGCAGAGCUUUUACGAGCUAAAGCUUCCAUUUCAAGGAGUGAGUACUCUUGAGAAUGGACAACGUUGCAAGAAGUAUCAGCUCUUGAAAGUUGGUGGAAGUAAUGCCUUUUUGGGUAAGAGAGAUGGGAAAAAUCUGACAGGUGUGUUACAAUAAAAAAUAUAUUUAAUUUACGCUGGACACGUUUCUUUUCUCUUUUACAUCAACAGGAAUCAUAUCAAGGGAGGGCUCGUGCUCAUCCAAGACUUGCAGCUGCUCCAGUAACAAAGAAUGUUCCAACGUGAAGGGAUUGACUUGCGAAUGCCCUUGUUCCUCACGACUUGAAUUCCAUUACUGCAGGAGUGAAUUUCCAGCCAGCAAGUAAGCUUAUCAUGAUGUGAAAAGUUGCUAGCCCCGGUCGUAUGUAAGCUGAACAGCUUUAUUUUCUUGCAGUAAUUCCAUUUGUCCCGUGCCAGCGACUGUUGUUCUCUCUGAGCGAGUAAAUGAUCCUUCAGUAAAUGGCUUAGGGAAAUGUUUCGACCCACAAUGUGACAAGAAGCCUGAUUCAGAGUCAUGUGACGGAGUCGUGGGCUGCUAUUGGUGCGUUAGAGAUAAGUUCAAUACUCCUCUUUCCAAGAAAUACUGCGCAGAUAUCAAUACCUGCUACGGUGGCACACAAGGUAGAUCUUAAACUGUUUAUUCGAAGACACUUUUUCCUCAAGUGUGCAUCAACUGAUAUAUGUACUUAAUUGUUUUUAUUCUAUAGGCACGAGAGCCCCAGGAAGCGGUAAUAUUCCAACCAACCCCACCAAACCAGAAGAUGGCGACGAUAAGGGUGGUCUCUCGGCAGGUGCCAUUGUUGGUAUUGUUCUGGGGUUGAUCGCUGUCAUUAUUGUUAUUAUUAUUAUUACUUUCAUCUUUGUUAAAAACAGAGAACGUUUUUCAAGACCGAUCACAUUCUUCGCCCCAGCUCCAGCGGUGGAACGCAACGCACUGCCGUGUAUCACCCGUCCACCAGGAUACCCAUACAGACCUAAGUUUGGUUUUCCUGAGAAUAGCGCAAGUGUAAAUAUACCACCACCUCCCAGUUAUGAUCAGAUAACGCCAUCUUUUUCUAAUGCUUCUGCACCACCCUAUGGACAUUACCAUAAGGGUUUACAUUAA